UCCGUUUCCCUCCCUCACCGGCGUACGCGCCGCCGCGCCGCCGCGCAUCACGGUGGUCUCGCCGUGACUGGCUGCUCGGUGCCCGUCUCAUCAUGAGCUUCGAGCGCAGCUCUGAGAUCCCGCUCCCACUCCAAUGCCGGGCUCCUCCCUUCGGGGCCUCCUCGCGUCACCGGCACCUCUCCCGGAGCGCUCGCUCCUCGCGGCCCACGCCCUCCUGACCACGUCCGGCCUCGCCGCGGACACCGCGCUCCUCGCGCACUUCGCCAGGCACCUCGCCUCCGCGCGGGGGCGCCAGGGCGACCGCUCCUACUCCGCCUUCCGCGCGCUGCUCCUCCUCCGCCCCCGCUGCGCCCACCCGUUCAACGCUCUCAUCUCCCACCUCACCCACGCAGGCGACCCCUCCGCCGCGUUCCGCGCCUUCGCGCUCCUCCUGGCGUCCAGCGCGGGCGCGGGCCCGCGGCACGACGGGUACACGCUCCCCGCGGCGCUCAAGGCGUGCGCGCGGCUGGGUAGACUCCGGGAGGGCAGCCAGGCGCACACGGUCGCGGAGAAAGCCGGCUUCCUGGGGCGCAUUCCUGUACAGAACGCGCUGGUCAUGUUAUAUGGUGCCUGCGGCCAGCCUGGCGAUGCGAGGAGGGUGUUCGACGAAAUGACCGAGCGGGACGUCGUGUCAUGGACCGCGCUAUUGUCUGUGUUCACCAGGGGAGGUAUGUUUGCGGAGGCUCUCGAGGUCCUUCGUGAGAUGGACGUUACACCGAACGAGGGGACACUGGCGAGCACACUUGUUGCUUGUGGAAGACUGGGUAUGGCACAUGCUGGGAAGGCGGUGCAUGGAUGGUAUGUCAAGAGGGAGAAGGAGCUGAGCCCGAUUGUUGGUAAUGCUCUGUUAGAUAUGUAUGUCAAGUGUGAGAAACUGGAUCUUGCAAGGAGGGUAUUUGACAUGCUUUUGGCGAGGGACAUUGUUUCAUGGACGGUUAUGAUUAGUGGUUCGGUGCAGUGCAAGCGCUCUAGUGAGGCAUUGGAGUUGUUCAAUGCGAUGCAGACAUCAGGUGUGAAGCCAGACAAGGUUGUUCUUUCCACUGUCCUCUCAGCCUGUGCGAGCUUGGGCGCGCUGGAGUCUGGUAGGUGGGUUCAUGAGUACAUAGAACGGAAGGGCAUUGAGUGGGAUGUGCAUGUGGGGACUUCAGUUGUUGAUAUGUACGUGAAGUGUGGAUGCUUAGACACUGCUGUUUCCAUCUUCCAAAAGAUGCCCCUCAAGAAUGUUUCUUCCUGGAAUGCAUUGAUCAAUGGGUUUGCAUUGCAUGGCCGUGGCAGGGAGGCUCUUGACUGCUUUGACAGGAUGGUUGCGUCAGGUUUGCACCCCAAUGAGGUCACUUUUAUAACUGUCCUCGGCGCAUGUUGCCACUCUGGUUUAGUGCAAAAAGGUCGUCAGUUGUUUGAGUUGAUGACAAAGUCAUACAAGCUCUCAGUUUGGGAAGAGCAUUAUGGUUGCAUGGUUGAUCUUCUAGGGAGAGCUGGGCUCAUCCAGGAAGCAUAUGAUGUAAUUAAGGCCAUGCCUAUGAGACCUUCUGUGCUCACAUGGGGAGCCCUACUAAGUGCAUGCCAAGCUCAUGGAUGGAUAGAUUUCUCGCAGCAGAUUCUUACUCGUGUCCAUGAGUUGGAGCCCUCUGGUAAUGGGGUUUAUGUCCUUCUCUCCAAUGUAUAUGCAGUGAGUGAUAGAUGGGCAGAUGUGAGGAAGGUGAGAGGGUUCAUGAAUGAGAAAGGCAUGCAGAAGGAACCGGGAUCCAGUGUGAUUGAGGUGAAUGGAAAGACCUGUGAAUUCUUAGUUGGACAACAGAACCAUCUGUAUAUGGAUGAUGUUUGUGCAAUGCUUUCUGUGCUAAUGAAACAAAUAUAUCUGAAUGGUUCUUCAUGACCAAACAUAUUGUGAGAUACUUAAAGUUGGUCCUAACGACUAGGUGAUUGAUUUGGUUGGUUUAUUGUGUUCUGCUGAGAUCACUUGGUUACUUGUGUUUCAUUUGGACGAAUGAUGAUCAAUGCUUAAAUCUUGGAUUGGUUACUAUGUUUUCCUUUUCACUAUUUGCUGUUCCUACGCUAAUGUGAGAAUUUGUGGUACUAAAGCUGGGCAGUAAGUGGUCUACAAAUAAAGAGUCAGAUCAGAUAUGCCUAACAGUGAAUGCCAGCUACUAUUACAAUGUUAGAGCCUGGGCAUGAUAAAUGGUGAAUCUCCAACAAGUCAUUGCCAUAUAUUGAGACUGAUAAAUGGUGAAU